UCAGAAACACCACCAAGACCAAAAACCCAGAAACCCAAAACCAGACCCACAAAAAACCCAUCACAAAUCUCCAAUGAUACUCCUACAAUCCCACUCAAGAUUCCUCCUUGACACCUUGCUCAAUCGCCUCCAAAACAUUGAAAAGGCGGUGGAGCUUGACUACCAUUGGGCCGAGUUCGAUGACGUCCGCUACCACAUCCAGGUGACAAUGAAGCACCCGCACAUUGUGCUGCUUUCGGUUUCGCUGCCGAUGCCACCUCCGGAGACUGUGUUCUUGAGUGGGCUACCUGCUGGGGGUAUAGAGGCUAUAAAGACUGCUUAUGGAUCAGUUGUGCAGAUUCUUGACCCGCCUCGAGAUGGGUUUAAUCUUACUUUGAAGCUCAAUCUCUCUAAACUUCCUACUGAUGAAGAGUACAAACAAGCUCUUUUGGUAAAGAUUGCAUCGGUAAGGGAAGUGGUGCUUGGAGCUCCAUUGAGAGUAGUUCUGAAGCAGCUUGCUUCGAGGACUGUUGCUUCCGUUAUUGAUCCUCUUGUUGCUCUUGUGCAUCGGCCUAAGGAGUCAUUUUUUCUUAUUCCUCAGGCAGAAAAGGUGACCGUGGUCUUUCCUAUGAGAUUCAAGGACUCCAUUGACAUUAUUUUAGCGACUUCCUUCCUGCAGGAAUUUGUGGAUGCAAGACGUACUGCUGGACUUAACAAUGCUCCUUAUUGUAUGUGGUCUCCGACCCCUCCUUUAGAACUAAAGGGAGCUCCUGAUGAAGCUCUAUCUGUCAAUGCGGGAUUUGUUACUUUUGUUAUUUUACCUCGUCAUGUGGAAGGCAAGAAACUGGAUCGGACAGUUUGGAGUUUAUCCACUUUCCAUGCAUAUGUUAGUUAUCAUGUUAAGUGUUCAGAGGGAUUCAUGCAUACAAGGAUGCGACGACGGGUAGAGUCUUUGAUUGAGGCUCUUGAUCGUGCUAAGCUUGGAGUGGAGGAUGCAAGGAAUUAUGCAACUCAGAAUAGAUCCUUCAAACGGCUGAGCCUCAAGGAAGCUAGGAACCAUUCUUUUAAUUAAUAAAGGUUGCCAGAUAGUGAGAAGGAUGUGCACCUUGGGUGCAAUGAAAUAUUGUUAUAAAAGAACAGCUCAAGGAUAUGCAGGAAUCUGUUGGCUGCAAAUGCAAGUGAGUUCAAGUGCUUGUAUUUUAUCCCUCUACUAGAAAAAGAAUACAUUUUGUUAUCAACGGGUUAGUAGCUGUUCCUAUGUGAACCAGGAAAGGUUAAAACAACAUGCUAAUAUGGGUGGGGAUGGAUUUUAGGGUUUAGCUGCUAUAUAUAUGUUUUUUGUAUUAGGUGAUUUUGAUAAUCAGAACAUGUUGGUUGAUGAGAGUUGUCCCUAUCUAAUUGCCACUAUUUCUUUCAUUUUUAAUUGUCAAUUUCUAGUAAACCAGAAUUCCCACCUAGUCUAGCAACUAUUAGCCAUUUAACCUAUAGUGCUGUGACAAAAUCAUGAAAUACAAGACGGACGAGAAACUUGUAGUACUGUUUAAGGUACGUGGGUCCAAAUAUCAAUAUUAAUGCUCAUCACCCUUGAGAACACUUAUUUUUCUUAGGCCACUUAUUUUUCUUAGAUGUAUAAUCUUGAAAUUAGAGUUUCAUGAUUUAUCUAGUAGAAGAUAUAUAAGAAAUAUAUAAGAAAUAAACCAUAUAAUGUAUCAAAUGUUUCAUUAGGAAAUGACCACUCAGUGCCAUUGCAAUUUGCAAGUGUUGCCUUAUCUUUGAUUCAUGAAAGAAUCG